GCGUCCUUUUCUCGAUAACGCAUUUUAUUUUCGCUAGAACGAGACGGGGUUACAGCUUUAGGUGUUGGAAUGCGGUGCGCUCGCGCAAACUCAACGUCACAACCAGUCUUUCAUUCGAACCCGACUGCGCCGUCGUCGUAACGUACCGCGCCUCGAAUUACGAAAAUAUGUGUAAAAUUUGCAGUUACAACAGUGUUUGUUGUUAAGUGUUGGAUUGUGUCGACAGUGUGCAAAGUUUGUGUUAUGAAGUGUAGCUGACGGUGGUUGGAAGGAAGACCGGGCUUAUAUACCUAAUGGCGGGCGGCACGGCGCUCGCGGAGUGGUCGGAGGGCGCGGCGGUGUGGUUCCAACCCGCCGGCGCCCCCGCCCCGCUGCCCGGAGAGCUGGUGGAGGUGCACCGCGCCGCCAAGGUGCUGCUAGUCAGCGCCGUCGUCAACGGCCAGCCCCAAACCUUCGCCUUACAAAUGGGAAACGCAGAGGAGGAAGGGGAUCCAGUAUGGCCGCGAGAGGAGCUCGGACCCACCGGCGUUGAAGACAUGACCCGCCUCCACGACUUGCAUGAAGCCGCCCUACUCUGGAACCUCAAGCUAAGAUACGAACAAGGGCUCAUAUACACUUACGCGGGCUCCAUACUCGUCGCUGUUAACCCAUAUAGGCCAGUAGAUGCGUUAUACGGCUUACAAACAGCUAGAAGGUAUCAUGCUGCCGAGGCGUUAGGGGACUUGCCUCCACAUUUGUUUGCAAUAGCAGCAGCUGCGCGGAGCUCACUGCCGUAUCCUCAAGCCAUACUCAUUUCCGGUGAAUCAGGAGCUGGCAAAACAGAGUCCACAAAGUUAGCAGUCCAAUUUCUGGCGGCAGUAGCUCCCGCUCCACCUGGCAGAGCACCCGUCUCGGAACAGAUCCUUGAAGCAGCCCCCUUACUCGAAGCGUUCGGUAACGCGAGAACACCAAAAAAUCAUAACUCUAGUCGUUUCGGUAAAUUACUGGAACUUUACUUUAAAGAUGGCGCAUUGGCCGGUGCGAGGGUCGCACAUUAUUUAUUAGAAAAAUCUCGCAUCGUCACCCAAUCGCCUGGUGAAAGGAAUUAUCACGUUUUCUAUGAACUAUUAGCGGGGUUAGAUGAAGAGCAGAGGAAAUCUAGAGGCUUAUUGACAGCCGAACAUUAUUUCUAUUUAAAUCAAGGCGGAGAUUCAGGUGGCGCCGGAGCAGGCGCUGAUUGGUCGGCUCUAUGUGGAGCCAUGCAAGUUCUCGGUAUCGGAGACGCUGAACGCGAGGAUAUAAUAAAAGUUUUAGCAGCCGUUUUACAUUUAGGUAACGUUUAUUUCCAUAGAAGACAAUUAAGACAUGGGCAAGAAGGUGUUCAAUUAGGUGGAGGCGCGGAAGUGCGCUGGGCGGCACAUUUACUUAAAGUACCUGCAGAAGAGUUAGCGAAAGCCCUUACAACGAGAGUAACGGCAGCGCGGGCUGAGCGCAUGAGGUCUCCAUUACCAAUAGAUCAAGCGUUGGACGCAAGAGAUGCUUUCGCUAAAGCACUUUACUCCUCACUAUUCAGCUGGCUAGUCCUUCGAAUAAAUUCGAUAGUCCAUCGUGCUGGAUUACACGAUGCUCACCGAAUAUCUCUCCUCGAUAUCUUCGGUUUCGAAGACCUGGAAGAGAAUUCCUUCGAGCAGCUUUGUAUAAACUACGCUAACGAAACCCUACAGCAUUAUUUUAAUAAGCAUAUUUUUAAAUUGGAACAGCAGGAAUACCAAAAAGAGAGGUUGGAAUGGUCCAACCUUACGUGGAACGAUAAUUCACCAGUAAUUCAACUCCUAAGCAAAAAGCCAGUGGGCAUACUGCAUCUGUUAGAUGACGAGAGCAACUUCCCACGGGCAUCGGACGUCUCCUUCCUAGAAAAGUGCCAUUAUAAUCACGCUCUCAACGAGUUGUACUCUAGACCUAGAUUAGGAGCAAAUGAAUUCGGGAUAAAACAUUACGCUGGACAAGUCUGGUACAACGUCGAAGGCUUCCUAGACAAGAAUCGGGAUGCACUUCGAGCAGAUGUCUUGGAACUUUUGUGCAGCAGUGAAGUGCCUUUGGUAGCGGAAAUGUCGGCACAACUUCGUGCACAGCAUGACAUGAACAAGACGCUUCCGAGGGGUGCCAAUGGAAGAUUUGUGACUAUGAAGCCCAGAACACCUACUGUCGCCGCAAGGUUCUCCGACAGUCUCCACCAACUCUUGGAGUCCAUGUCACGCUGUAACCCAUGGUUCGUGCGCUGCAUCAAGCCCAACACAGACAAGUCGGCGAUGAAGUUCGACAUGCCGUGCGUGCUAUCACAGCUCCGUUACACGGGCAUGCUGGACACUAUCAAGAUAAGGCAGAUGGGCUAUCCGAUACGCAUACCCUUCCAGAGCUUCGUGGACAGAUAUCGGUACUUGCUGAAAUCCAUGCCGCCGCGCUCAACGCCCUACCGAGAGAUUUGCAACACUAUUCUGACUGAAAUGCCCCCCACGGGAGCUGUGGGUGCGGACUUCCAGCUGGGAGCAGCGAGGGUGUUCGUGCGCGAAGCUCUACACAGGGCCCUGGAGCGAGCCCGGGCGGACAAAUUGAGGGCCGCUGCCACCUUACUGCAGGCGGGCAUCAGAGGAUACUUGGCAAGGAAGCAAUACUAUCAAAUGCGCCACUCGGCAAUCCGGAUACAGUCGUGGUGGAGGGGCUCCCGCCAGCGCCACCGCUUCGUCACCAUCAGGCGAGGAGUGGUUCAGGCACAGGCGUUGGUUCGAGGCAAGCGUGCCCGCGCGCGCACCAAGGCGAUGAAGGAACAGAUGAGGCGAAGACAGGAGGCUCAGAGAGCAGCUGCCAAACGCCGGGCAGCAGAGCAGAAAGCCAAGGCUGAGAGUCUCCAAGUUCUAGAAGUACCCGCUGAGCUAGCCUUCAUACUGUCGAAAAUCGAUGAAUGGCAACCGCCUCAUACCGAUAAGAAUAUUUCCAAAGUGUCAGGCGAGGUUCAUGCCGAAGAGGAACGGAUAUCGCUCCCUAGAGAUUUGCAACAGUUCGCAUUCUCCAAAUUUAGUUCUGUGUACUUUGCUGAUGGUGGACAACUCAGCCCGAAGAAACACCCCAUCACGAAACCAUUCCUGUCCAAAGCUGCAGUUCGGGAUCAAGACUUCAACGAUGCUGUCGCAGUGUUCAAAUUAAUCUUGAGAUGGUGUGAUGAGUCCGCCGCUGGAAACGAAGCUAGGCAAAAGGUUCUAGCUGACUAUAUAGCGUCUCGAGGACUCGCUUCCCGAGGCCUCCGGGAUGAGAUUCUGGUGCAGCUGUGCAACCAAGCGGGCGGUGAUGCUGGACCCAGGGUCAUGAAACUGCUUGCUCACUGCCUCGCUGCCUUCCAACCUGGACCUGCUUUGCACAAGUAUCUAGUCCGUCUGGUAUCGGAACGCACAAGUGGUGCGGAACGCGCGCGUUUGUUGCGGUUGCUGUGCGGCGCUGAAGCAGCCGCCGCACGUGUGUCCGCCGUGCCUCGACGUGCGCCGCCCACCAUACUCGAGUGGAAAGCUGCGAUGGAAAAUGCAAGACCCACCCUGCCACUCAGACUUUAUGACGACACAGUACACACGGUGUGCGUGGAGUCAUGGACGACGUGCGAGCGUGCGGCUGCCAGCGCGUUGGCUGCGGCCGGAGUCAGCCGCAACGCGAGCGGCUGGUCGCUCACCCUCGAGCACAAUGGACAACUUACAGAAUGGGCGGGUUGUGAGUACGCCCUCGACGCAGUUGGUGAAGUGGAAACUUGGUCAGCGCUGGCGAACGCUCGCAGCGAGCCUCUCCGAGCGUCCACUUCCCGCCUCGCCCCUCCCGCACCCCCGCCGCGCGCCUCCUCUGUAGAUACCGAACGCACAUUGAGACCCCAGGUCCCGCCUCCUGAACCACCAAAAUCACGUUCGCCAAGCAUACAACGUAUCCUCCAAGAGUCCAUUGACGAGAGUAUGUCGGAAUACAACUGGAAGAUGGAAACACCAUCGGAAAGUACUUGGAAGGAACCAGAAGAGUCCCGUAUUCUGAACAAACAGAAUAAUGAGUAUUCAAGAAAGAUAUCCCACGAUAUCCUAUCACGUGAAUCGGCUUUGAACGAGCGGUACUUCGAACAAACUUCCGAUAAAGUUCGAAGUCGUUCAUUGGACAAUUUAUUAGGCGACAACCCUGCGCCUCAACAAACUAAGCUGGCCGAUCUAGGGCUAUCACAAUCUCGAUUGAAUGAUCGGUAUCAUUCAGUAGAACGUCUCGGUGGUACCGCCAGCGUGACCAGUAGCAAAGGAAUGGAGGCGGAGUACGGACAACGUCAGAUGCCGUCGCGUUACAUAAAGUCGCAAUAUGCUGGAAAGCGGGCGCCGGCCGGUUCGCAGUCCAGCCGUGCAUAUAUCGAGAAAAGCUCAGAGUUUGGAGGUGUUAGAUCAUCAGCGAUGUCCGACACGUCAGAAGCUCCGAGCUUAGCUUCUCAUGUGCGUCGGGUCCGCGUGCCGAGUCAGGCGUCUGAUGUCGACCAGUUCCUUGACGAUCUCUUUUCGCCCGUCCUCGACCCAAAUAUAGAUGAGCUCUCUGACGCACGCUCUCUUGCCGCCAGCAUCAAGGGUGGCAAAGACUACUCUGACUUUAUUGACGAUGUCCUCAGCUGCUCCUACAAUGAACAGAUAGAAACCUUAAACAACUCUGAAAAGAUAUCACGACUUAUCAAAGGUGGUGGCCAGGAAGACUCUACAAAAACCACAAGCAGCAGCAGAAAGGAGUCAAACGUCGAUUCCGUUGAUGACUAUAUAACAAAUCUUUUUGAUCCCAUAUUUAUGAACGAUAGCUUGAAGAGGUUAACGGAUGGCGAAGGACUUUCAGGUGCCAUAAAAGGAGGUGGCGCGACACCGCGGACGUCGGGUGCUAAUACUUCUGCUCUUAGCUAUGGCGCUGUAUCCUUGCCACCGUCGAUGCCAACGAUGCCGGCGACUCCUGAAGCAUUAGCAGCGGCAUUAGGCCUGCACUUACCUCCCCCGGGCACUGUAGAUAUCAAUGCUUACCACCAGAAUUUACAAAGAGCUUUUCUGCAGAACGCAAUGGCACAAAAUCUCCAAAUUCAGCAGCAACUACUAGCUCAAAAUCAAGCUUUACAAACCUUGUUGGCUGGUCAAGUUGUUGAAUCGAAUGAAUCGGCACCAACAUCACCGGUCCGCUCGUCGACCGUUGUGCACGCUCAAAUACAUUCACCUCCUAGAAAUUCGGUCAUUAAAUCUAGAAGGGAAUCUAAUGAAAGUUCUUCUACGGGAGCCCCGCCUCCUCCUCCGCCGCCAAUGCCUCCCCCGCUACAUGCGAUGGAUCCAUCCGAAGUUCGACCUUUCAUGGACCCCUACGGCCGCGCAAAGACUGUUCGGAUAGGAAAAUGGAGGUGGCCCCCACCUAAAGACGCGGUUGGACAGGAACAACCUCAAGAUUUUACGAAAUUCAAAAUGCGUCAGAUACAAAGAAGAAUAACUCCGCAGGCCCAAUCUAACGGUAUCGAGCAUGAACCACCACGAGGAAGGUCCCGUUCCGAGGCAUCACCGGGAAUCGAUUGGGAAGAGUUUGAAGUGGAUGGCCACAUUCCAUCAUCCAGAGAGCCACCUUCACAGAGAACGGCGAGGCGAAGUUUCGAAAUAGGAGCUCAAAGACCAUCACCAGGAAGCGUUGGCAAACUUAAACUCAGCUCUGAAAUGCGCCAACGAUUAGAACGCGUUACCGCUAACCAUUCAGUCAGGAGUACAUCAUCUGCAGCUGAGACUCCGCGCACAGUUAACAAAUUAGAAGAUACGAGGAAGUUAAUGCUUGAACGCCAACUGGGUGGAGUGAUGAGAUGGGACGCUCCGCCUCCGCCGCUACCGCCCGCACCGCCGGGCCCAGCUCCACCGCCACCCAUGUCUCCGCCAUCACCUCCAGAUAAACCUGCUCCACCACCACCAGUUCCUGAUUCUUCCUCGACAUUCGCUCAGCUACGUCGCGAUAGAGAUACAUUUGGCGUGCAUCAAAACAGGGAAGCUGAUGAUCGCCACGCAUUCCUUGCUAACUGGAGUUCUAGAAGAAAAGACGAAAACGAAUCUUCGCAAGGCGACGAUUUAGCAUCACGUUUCUUAACAUCCGACCGUCGAGAACGAAGUCGGGCUAAAGAUGACUGGGGAGAGGAGUCCGAGACUAGAAGUUAUAACGGCGAUAAAGGACGAGUCAGUAGAGACGAAUGGGACUCUGAAUCCACAUUAGACAAUAGACGCGAUAUGCGAGAUAUGCGUGAUAACUACUCAGGUAGAGAGGCAUCAGAAAUAUACGAAAUACACCCAACGAGAGCUGAAAGGAGAAAAGAUGAAAAUGAAAUUGAUGAGACCUAUGACAGAAAACGUUCGUCGGUGUUUGAUGACUUCGAGAGAUAUGACGGUCGAAAAAACUCCAGAGAUAUGUUAGUAGGACGUGCGAGGGAGAGCCCUCGGUCUGAAGUAAGCGAUAGGCGAUUCUCGCCAGAUAAUGCUGACACAUUGAAGAGGACUGAACGGCCAACAUUUAAGACACAUAUGGCCCAAAAGGAAAGAGAUAAAAAGAUAGAAGCAGAGAGGCGGCAAUCCGUUUCUACACACGUCACGGACAGAUCCGAACAUAUUGAACGUGAUGCGCCUGCGCCGGCGGCAUUUUUACCAUCCGAUCGCUCAUUCCUCACAUACUCACGGGUACCGUGGAAGCUGCGCGUACGCAAAGAAGUCUUCACGCCUUUAGAGACGUACAACGAACCCGCCAUUCUCGACUUAUUAUAUGCACAAAUUGUCCACGACAUAACCUCAAACACCCCGUCCCUUCGUAUAACCGCUGCGGAACGUCGCGCCGGGUCGGCGUGGCUCCGUUCCCAGAACGGGGCCGUUCGAGCCAGCAACAAACGCCAGGCCGUAGAAAUGGCGAGGGAAUGGCCCUUCUAUUUCGCAAGGCUGUUCUCCGCUCGAGUACCGCCGGGAGAAAACGCCGUGCUCGCCGUAUCUCAUAACGCUGUUACCAUUGGAGUCAAAGGACCCUCAGGCCUAGUCACUCGUCGCUCGAUACCCCUGGGUGGGCUGCGGGCUACGGCGCUAGCGCCCGCCACGCUCCAACUGACACCAGCUCGCGACGCGCCCAUCACCCUCCAAGUGCCACUGGCUCAUCACGCCCACGGACUCAUCACGGAGUUCGCGCUGCAUUACUCGCAGAUACAACCAAAACCAACGACCAACGGCGUGACAAACCCAAGAGAAAAGAUACCAGAGAGAGAAAGAGAAACAAGAGAUUUACGAGACUCGAGAGACUCUAGGGAGUCGAGAGAAUCCAGAGAGUCGAGAGAGUCAAGGGAAUCGAGAGAGUCGCGUGAAAUCAGAGAGCUCCGAGAGUCUCGAGAUGAAAUUGAAGUCGAGAUUCGGGAUAGAAGAGGGCAGACGUCUUCACCGGUGCCGCGGGAACGUGAGCGAGAAAGGGAAAGGGAGAGAGAGAGGGAGAUGCGAGAUGACAGAAGAGAGCAGUCAACUCCACAGCAUGACGGCCGACAUCCCCUACUACAAUUCGCAGUUGAUCAUUUCAGACAAAGUCCAGAAUUAGAAAUACUAAAAGCCGACUCGUCGCUAAAGAGCAAGGCGAAACGAAACGAGUGGACAUGGAAGGCUCAAACAGACGUUGUCAAGUGGCAGGCGACGCCGCUUCGUGCGCCGUUGCUGCGACUUCCAGCAGCCUUAUCCCCUCCCGCGUUGGAGUGCUUUACGUGUAUCCGAGCGUACUGCGGCGACCUACAGCCGGCUGAGAGGGCCAUACACCAGGAUAUGACUGAAGUUAAAUGCGUUUACACCGUCCUUAUGCACUGCCACUCAGUACCGGAGCUGCGUGAUGAGGUGUACUGCCAGCUAAUGAAACAGACCACCUCAAACCGCUCCGCCACUCAAGACUCGUGCCAACGUGCCUGGAGACUAAUGUCCAUACUUGCAUCUUACUUUACCUGCUCCGAAACGCUCAGACCGUUCCUUGUGGAAUACCUAUCAGCUGCCGCAGCGGACAGGCGACGACCUUGCCAAGGAACGGCUGCUGUGUGCCUCGCCAACUUCAGGAAGACGCUGAGAUGUGGGGGAAGGAAGAAUGUUCCCAGUGUCGAAGAGGUGACCGCGGUGUCUGCGGGGAGGUCUGCGAGGCGACAGCUGUACAGGCUACCCGGAGGAGCGGAACGCGUAGUGAACACGCGUUGUGCGACAGUCGUGCAAGACAUCGUCAACGAACUUUGCGAACUGAUCGGCGUCACCAGCGAGGCAGAGCGUGCGGAGUUCUCUCUGUACUGUAUCGUAGCUGGCGAUGCGCUGACGAUGCCGCUGGCGGGCGACGAGUACGUGCUGGACGUCACCACGGAGUUGCAGAGGGCCCACCACCCCUUCUACCUCAUCUUCUGCCGCUCUGUGUGGCACCACCCUCUGCGCUCGGACGCACCGCCGCUCUACACUGAAGUGCUAUUUAACCAGGUGGCUCCCGAUUACCUGGAAGGACUCUUGCUAGUACUUCCUGGAGGUGGCGCUCCGGCAGCUGGAGUGCUUCGGGACGCGGCCCUAGUAGCUGCAUUACUCCAUCGAGCUGCCGGUCUACCGGACGCGCCGCACCCGAGGGACCUUAAGUUCCUCCUACCCAAACCGCUGUUGGCGUUGAGGGAGCCCAGGCCAGCGAAAUGGGCGUCCUGGGUCACUGCUGAGUGGCCCACAGUGAGGACUCUUACCCCGGCUGCAGCUAAAUCCAAAGUUCUACAGGUGCUGUCACGCUGGCCGCUGUUCGGCUCGUCGUUCUUCGCGGUGCGGCGCGUGGGCGGCGCGGGCGAGUGGCGCGAGUUCGUGCUGGCGCUCAACCGGCGCGGCGUACACCUCCUGCACCCCGCCACCCACGACACCGACGCCAGCUGGCCUUACGCAGAGCUCAUCUCCACCAGGAAGGUGCGGUCAGAAGACGGCACUCUGUUCCUGGAUGUGAAGUGCGGCUCGUUGCUGCAGCAGAGGGUGACGCGACUGCAGGCGGAACAGGCGCACGAGGUGGCGCGCCUCAUCCGGCAGUACAUCGCGCUCCAACGUGACCAGCGGGACCAACGCCUCGACUCAGCGUUCGGCAGCCAGUGAGUUGCGUCCACGACGACUAAUGGACUCAAACAAUUGUCUACACAACACAAGUACAGUUGACGCAUCAAUAAAAUCCGUCCUUUCUGAUCUGGUUGUGGAAAUAUGUACUUAAGUGUUUUUAAAUUAUAUUAAUAGGAGAUUAAAAUGAGAAUAGGACUGCUAUAAGAUUUAAAAAAUAUAUUUUUUGAACUGUUAUUUUCUAUUUUCAUUUUAGUCAUGUUUUAUUGGAAUAUUGUAGAAAGUUUUAAUCUGCUAGGGUAGUUUAGUGUAUAAAACAUACAUAAUAUAUUUUGGAAAAAUAUACUGAAGUUAUAGGAAUUUAACAACAUAAUUGUUAAGUUCUGCAAUUAUUCAAGAUUAUUGAUACAAGAUAAUUAUUGAUUCAAUGUUAAUUCAAUCAUAUAUUCAUUAUGGUAUUUUUUUACUACGACAACAUUGUUUGUUUCACUUUUUUGUAAUGCUCAAAAAGACUUGAAACCGCGAAAUAUUUUUUAACUGGUUUUGUUAAAGAAUAAUCCUUUUUUUUAUUUGCAUGUAAACAUACUAAUUAUUCAAAAUGUAGCGCUUAGCUAUCCAUUUAAUAUUCAUUAUAAAAUAAUAUAUUACACAAUCAUUCCAAUAAAGAAAUUAUUGUAGUGUGUAAGUAGAAAUAUAAUAACAUAAAUUUUGUUAAUGGAAUUCAUAUUACUUUCAUUUCCGUCGACAAAGUUUGAUAAGAAUUAAUAGGUGUAGAUAUGGUCUAAUUUAGAACUGAGUUCCCCUCAUAUGUAUUUAUACUGAGGUAAAUAACAUAAUACGGUAGACGUUUUUAAUACAAAAAAAAAUAGUUCGUCAUAUUAGGUGGGUAUUUGUGAAUUUGGUCCGAAUCUGCUAGUGUAUUGCGCAAACGCACGACAAGGCGGAUGUCUUUACUUCAAAAGCGCAUGCUCCCUGCUAGGAAUGCCAGUACCUACUAGGCUGUUCGCAAAAUUGGUUGUCCUUAUGAAAGCAGAAGGUCUUGUAUUAAAUUUUGUAUAUUUAAAGUACAAUAAUUUAAAUAAAAAAAACUAAAAAUAUUUGUAUUCUUACAUUUUGUAAGAAUACAAAUAUUUUUAGUUUUGCGUUUGGCAAGAGAGUUGCCUAUCAAAUAUAAGAAUAAUCUGAAAAUAAUCAUGUCUAAUGGAGAAGUGUUCAGUUUUAGAUUCGACCAUCACUACUUAUUUAGCUAGAGUCUAGUUUCUAACAAUUAUUGUAUUAAUAAAAGUCUUCCUUCGUGUAUGGAAAAAGGUGCUAUAUUAAAAUAAAACCAGGGGCUGUUAUUUGAAUAUCCAUUCCGAUUACUUUAUAAUAAUGUUGAAUUGAUUGAUUUUAAACGUUUAAAGGAAAUAUAGUUGAUUUAAAUCAUUGAGUAGGCAGCGCCUUUUUGCCAUUGCCGACAUGGAGUCUCAGCUGAUUACAGUCGUAACGGCGAUCAAUUUUAACAUUUAGUUAAUGAUGAAAGUCAAAAAGGAAUAAAAGUUUGGACCUAAUAAAUAUCAAAUCAAAUAAAAAUACACUUUAUUGUACACCAAAUACAUAGAAUUAGAACAAAAAAAACACAAAAUAAAAAAAUAAAAGGUACAAUAGGCGGCCUUAUCGCUUAAAAGCGAUCUCUACAAGGCAACUAAACUAAACCAAAUAAUAAACUUUGUAAACAAGACCUAACGUACAGUUUUAAAUAUACAUUUUUUUAAUUCUUUCUUUAAAAGCUUUUAAAAAAGAAAAUCGAAAGUAUUAAUUCGGUUUUUGUUAUAAAGCCCCUGGUCUUUUAUUAGAAUAACUCGAAUAAAUGUUUAAAAAUUAUAUAUAAGUAUAUUUAAACAAAUUUAUUAUCUUAAUCUAAUUUCCCAAAGACCACGGCGGUCGGAGUCAUGUUUAUUUGCAUAUAAAAUGAGUUAUUUCGUUGUCAUGUAAUAUAUUUAAUAAAACG